UAUUACUACCGUUGAAAUCUCCAACGCAAGUUCGUUUUGAACAAUUACAACACGAAGCUGUGCAAAUGUGGAAAGAAAAACAAAAACUAAUUAAGAAAAACUAACAUAUGUGUCUUAUUUUUUAACGUAAACUUAAAACAACUUAAGUAAAAUGGCUUAUACAUUGUUUGUGAUUGAAAUUAUAUCGGCGUUCAUAUUAGCUGCUACACUAUUAUACAGAUAUGGAGACUGCUAUAGAAAUCACAUAUUAGUGACUGUGUCUGUUUUAACAGCAUGGUACUUCUCAUUUGUUAUUAUGUUCAUUUUACCUCUGGAUGUAUCAUCAACUUUUUAUCGGCAAUGCCUAGAUAACUCAACACAUAUAACAACUGCAACACCAGAGAUUGCUAUACCAAGUACAGCAGCACCACCAGAAAAACAUUGCCAAGAACCAUGGAGUUUUGUACCAGAUUCUGUAUUUCCUAACCUGUGGCGAGUAGUUUACUGGACCUCACAAUGUUUGACAUGGCUUAUCAUGCCAAUGAUGCAGUCAUACAGUAAAGCCGGUGACUUCACUGUAAAGGGCAAACUUAAAUCAGCAUUAGUUGACAAUGCUAUAUACUAUGGUUCAUACUUAUUCAUAUGCGGUAUACUGCUCAUAUACAUAGCCUUGAAACCAGGAGUAUAUUUAGAUGGACCAAAGAUUAAAGCUAUUGCAUCAUCAGCCAGUAAUACCUGGGGACUGUUUCUCCUGAUUUUACUUCUUGGCUAUUCCCUCGUUGAAGUACCGAGAAACUUAUGGAAUAAUUCAAAGAAGAAUUAUACUUUAACUUACACUUACUUUAAGAUUGCUAAGUUGAGUACAGAUAAAUGUGAAGCGGAAGAAACUGUUGAGGAAAUUUUAGAGAGCCUAAACUCCAUCACUGCAGCAGUAGGCCCCGGUCACCCCCUCCACCGGCACGUAGAAACAAUAGUGCAGAAGUUACCCAUCCAAUUACGUGACAAGCUUAACUCUCGAGCACCACCUGAAAGACCUUCGCCACCUUCUCUUAAGUCACUCGUUAACUUGCAUAAGAAAACUAUUAAGUCUCUGCACGUUCUGCAACGCACGGAGACGCAGUGGGGCCUGAUGCUGGAGCGCAUAUUCCACCUGGAGGACGUGUCGUCCAACUGCCGCUCGCCCGACCAGCGCUUCCAGCACACUUUCCACACGCCGAGACCCAGGAUACAGCGGCUGCUCUAUCCGCCUAUUUUAGAAUGGUACUGGGAGUGCUUCUUCAGGCAAUAUUUCCUGAAAGCAAUGGCCGUUGUGACAUGCAUCAUGUCGGUGGCUGUCGUGUGGUCCGAGGUCACGUUCUUCAGCAAGAAGCCCGUGCUCUCCAUAUUCGCUAAUAUAGUCAUUACUGCAAAUAAACACUACAAUUAUACUGCUAUUGUGACAAUAUCAACAUUAAUCAUCGGCUACAUGUUCUACUGCGCGUACUCGACGGUGCUGAAGAUUCGCCUGCUGAACCUGUACUACCUCGCCCCCCACCACCAGACCAACGAGUACAGUCUCAUCUUCUCCGGCAUGAUGGUCUGCCGGCUGACGCCCGCUAUGUGUCUCAACUUCCUCAGCUUGGUGCACAUGGACUCGCAUGUUAUCAAAGAGAGGGUCAUGGAGACAUAUUACACUCAGAUAAUGGGUCACAUGGACGUGUUGGGUAUCAUCGCUGAGGGAUUCAACAUAUAUUUCCCGAUGCUGGUGGUUCUGCUGUGCCUCGCCACCUACCUCUCUCUGGGCAGUCGGCUGCUGUCGCUGUGCGGCUUCCAGCAGUUUGUGGGUGACGACGAGCUCACUACCGACCUCGUUGAUGAAGGAAGAGAGAUUGUUAAGCGAGAAAAACGCAAACGCCAACGGGCUGAAGAAUCGAUAGCACGCAGCCGCGAGUACAACGAACGCUUCUCCAACUACAGAUCUGCGAGGGACAACCGAGACGGAGCCCGCACCGGGCUGCUCAACGACGUGGACUCAGACUACUACGUGACGCCGAGCCCCGAGACGCAGCGCGGCGGCUACCAGCGCGCCGAGCCCGACGGCGCCCUCGCCGACCUCGAGCGGCGCCUCGGCGACGGCGCGCUGCCCGCCGUGCGCACCGAGCGCCGCGACAACAUGACCAUGCCGCCCCGCGGCCUGUUCGACGACGUGUAGCGGCCCUGUGGUCUAUGUACAGACGCUAAAUAAGGGACCGGGAGAUCAAAAAAUUACGUAUAAUAACGACCACACAUCUUACUCAUAAAAAUCGUCUCGCUCGUUGCUAGAAUUAAAAUAAUUGUAACCUAGAAAUUCAAAUAACAGACAAAUCUAAUCCUAAGUGUAAAAAAUUACUAUUGAAAGAGGACUAGUAAGUUUCAGCCUCCUCUUGAUAUAAAUUUUUCAUCUCAAUCCUUCUUUCUGGAAACUAAUGGAGGAUAACUUUUAUCGACUUUUUUUUGACAACUGUACGUCACGUGUGUGCAAUGUUACGUUUCGCACGAGCUAACAUUGUUUCCGAUAUACUUUUAAUACUUUAGUAUAUUUAUUAGGAACGGUCCUCAAACAUGUUGUGAAGGUAUAAUUACUCGGAUGAGAAUGUAUUAUUUAUAUAUAUAUUGUACGUAAUUAAUAUAAUUAUAUUGUCACACGUAUUAUUAGAUUGGUUAAGAUGUGUUAUAUUUUCAAAUAUUUUACAGGCCUAAUAUAUGUAUGCAUGAUUUCGCUUUAAAAUAUAAGUUAAAAACGUAAAAAAAAAAAACAAACUUCAAAAUUGACGAUUUUUUUUAAUUUUGAAUCGGGACGUUAUAAAAAUAUUUAUUAUUAUUAUGAGAGUUAUGGACUGAGAUGAACAAAAUUGUAAUAUUUUUAUUUUUAUAUGUCCCUUCAUAACAUCUUGUCUAUAACUUUUGAAAAUAAAUACGUCAUCAUGUAAUAAUUGUUAUUUAGUAAUGGUUAUUUUUACACAUUAUGCAUGUAAACCAAUCUUUACUUGAAACGGGUACAAGAGACUACUGUAUAUUCACACUUCUUCAAAACCACGAAUAAAUAAAACCAUCUGUCGUGAUUAUGGAAACUGUCAAUUGAUACCUUAAUGUUAUCAUAUAAGUUUGUAAAUUAUUUGUAAUUACAAUAAUAAUAGCAAUUUGUAUAUCUGCAGCUGAGAAAUAUUAAAUAUAUAAUUAAACGAAGUAGAUUGUGUAGUACUAGAAUGAGCUAGCUAACAUAUUCUUAUAUAAGAAAUAUUACAAAUCUUUACCGCUAUCGUUUGUCAAUUUGAAUUGAAAACAUUUUGUUUUUUAUUUAAAUCAUCAAAAUACAUUAAUACAUUAAAUUAGUACGUGUAAUAUAAUAAGUAUUCAUCAUUCGUACGUCCGUUAUUUUGUAGAAUAUAAAAGUUUGCUAUGUUUAGUUCAACUUACAAUGUAAAUAUAAUCUUAUAGUAUAUAAAUAAUACUUAUUCAGAACUGCUCGCUUAUAUACAACGCAGAUCCAUGUUGGGCCGAUCAGUUAUUCGGUUUUUCAGAUGAAAAAUUUUCAGUAGCAGCUCGUCUGGAAAUUGCAAGUAUGUAUACUCCCAUCAUCCAUGCCUCGAAAGCACGAUAAGCCAUCGGUCCUACGCCUGAACUCUUUCCUAACGCCUCGGUUUUGCGGUCCUAUCGGACUAUAAGGGCGAGGGAUUAGAAGUGCACCUGUGUCGGCGUACGCACUUGCGCACUAUAUGUUCUGCGUAGCUGGCUAGUCUACCUUGAGAUUAGCCGCUGUGAACAAAAUCGGUCAAGAUGACAUCAUUAUCAAAAACUUAUUAUAAUUUUUAGAAGGUCACAUUUGUAUGUAUGUCUUCACGAACCCUUCACAGACUAGUUGUAAUAUUUAAAGGUAUCACAUAAAAUAUAUUUAUGUUGCGUGCGUGCGUGCUUAUUUUUAAGACUAGUGAUUUUUUUGUACAAAAAUAAUAUUGAUUUAUGUGUUGUUUUUGUUAUUUAAUGAAUAAUUUAAGCUUUAUUUACAUAGGUUACUAAUGUUUGCCAUACGAUUCUCUUGCAAAUAAUUUAAUCUACUAAUAAAUUAUAUCAAAUUAUAUUCAAAGUUAAAAAUGGGUUAAUAUAUUAUGGAUUUAUAUUAUAUUUCUAACAUAAAAUCUUAUUAACGUUUAUUUCAUCAUUUAAUCUUCGUCAUAUAAAAUGAUUUUCAAAGUUAAUAGAGCGUACAGCAUUCCUUUUCAAUAAAUUAAAAAAAAAAAAUGGCAAUCUGAAAAUGUCCUAAUUUCCUCUUAAGUUUUUGGAGCUCAUUCCACCAAACUGUUCAAGUGUGGGUCGAAUCACUGAACAGACAAGAUUAAUUACUACGAACUAGUUUCUGUAAAUUAUAAAACCAGCUUAAGUGCUUAAUACAUACUCGAUUAUCUCUUCAUAAUAAUACCAAAUUGCAGACAUAAUAAAGGUCACUUGGAAUUUUGCUUUAAUUUUUUGAAAUAUUUUUUGCAUGUUUUUUUUCAGUGUUGCAUUUCUUUGUUUUAACAUAAAAUCAGUGAUAAUUAAUGUAUUCUUAUUUUGUAAAAUGCUUGAGACAGUCAGUUUUUAGGCGGAAUUAUAGUAAUUCAUACUUUUAUUGGACAAGUAGCAAACAGGUAGCGCUAAUACUUCUAUUUAUAUGCAUUCAAGUUUAAUUUUGUACUUUGGAGUUAGUUGAUAUUUAAAAUACUUGUGUGCAACGGACACCUUGGAUCAGAAUUAUAUUAAUGAGUAGAAAAAAACCAUUUAACUGAUCAAUUGUAUAAUAGAUAUUUACUCUGAACUAAUGUUGCUGUUUACUAGUUUAAGUUUUUGUACAUACAAUAUAGUCAGAUGUUUACAAGUAAUGUCAAUUUAAUAUUAUAAUGUAUUCUGUUAUUAUAUUAUUAUCGUUUGUUCCAUUCCAUUCAUAAAUGCGAUGCAUUAAAUAUAUGUGAUAAAUUUG